AUGCAACUAGCGCUUCUGGACUUUGAAGCCGCGUUCGACUCUCCUCACCGAGGCCGUCUUAUCAAUGCGCUCCGCACCGGUGGAGUACCAGGAAAGUUCGUUCGCUUUCUUGAUGACAUGAAACAACGAACAACUGCUGCAGUUCGAACACCAGCCGGAUGUACAACACCGUUUGAAGUGGUAACUAAAAUAUGCCACAAUGGAGAUCUUUACGCAGAAAUUGAUGUGGCAUACCGGCGUAUGACACGUGGAAUAUAUCAACAUCUUGCACCGCCAUCGAAAGUGGCUAAAAAGAUCGAGAAGGUGGAGCAGAGCUGUAUUCAAGGACGGCACACCUCGGCGAAGAUGCGGGUAAUCGCGUCAGGCAAUGACAUCAGCCCGCCGAUUAAGUCAAUGAUCUCACCUUAUGAUCAUCCACUCGAAAUUAAACAAGAUUCUCUGGAGAAGAGACAUGAGAAGGAAUCGAAGAAACAACGUCGCAAUCGAACCACGUUCACCACUUUUCAACUCCACGAACUCGAACAAGCGUUCGAACAAAGCCACUAUCCAGAUGUUUAUGCUCGUGAACAACUCGCCAACAAAGUAAAACUACCCGAAGUCCGCGUACAGGUAUGGUUCCAAAAUCGACGAGCAAAAUUCCGACGACAAGAGAAGCAGGAUAAUCCAAUCGUUGAGAUGCCAUCGGUGAAACAUGGACAAAUCCCUUCGUGGUCCUGGAUGGCGCAACAGUCCAACACCAACACUAACGAAGAAUUCCCGCCCUCUUUCCCGUCAUUCGACCAGAAACCAUUCUUUGCCGAUCUUAAACCGUCAUUUAUGAGCUAUAUGCCAUAUCAACCGUUUCCUAGUGGAGGCUUUGGUGCAGGACUCGCCCCAGUUGGUCUGCCGAACAGUCUCCCAACGCCUACCGGUUUCCACCAAAAUCCGCCAACGUUUCAAGUGCUACCGUAUCCGAACGAGAAUCAUCAGUUAGAACACAAUCUAGAUUCGUUCCCUAAUUUGGUGUGA